UCGAACUCUUCAAAUUCCCACAGCAUUGACCAAUCAGAAAUCUUCCGGGUUGUCGUUCAUUCAUGAAAUACAACACACUCUCCUAACGAUACUACAUGUGUAUCGAUCGUUGUCAUACCAUCAUUCGCAUGAAUUCCCUUCCGCGCUGGGCCGCUUUGCAUCCCAGUAACUGGACAUCGGUAGAGUUGACACGGUGGUUGGAAUAUGUGGCGGAGGAAUAUAAAAUGGACUCUGAGGCCACACACAAUAUGGUGGAGAGUUUCCAAGAUCUAGAUGGCCGGCGACUUCUUCAAAUGACCCUGGAGGAUUUCAGAGAAAUCAGUGAACAACAUGGCGAAUUUCUUUUUGAAAUUUUCAAAAAGAUGUGUACAGUGGAUAAGCAGAUGGCAGGUCUGGCCAUGGUACACAUGUUGCCCCCGAUUUCAGAAGGGAGUAGAUCCGCCACACCGUCACCCCCGGGAUCCAAGGGCAAUAAUCGUAAUGGGGAAGGAAAUGGGCUACAAAAAGAAAGUAAAUAAAAGCAUUUUAAAAACA